GUACCUUUGAGGUAAGAUACCCGGCGUGUACUAACUUUGCUAUCCUACGGUUCAAGCACUGUUGGACGGUACCGACUGCAGUUUACACCAACGCAAUGGACAACAGCGCAGCAUUAUUAGGUGCACUAUAGCACAGUGAUUUUGCCUGAUGUCAUCUACAUUAAAGGCCCAGUUGGCACCCCUGCCAUGGACAGAGAUCCUUGUGUAUUGGGUGCUGUCCUUCGGCUCUCAUCUGUACUCUUUUUACGAACUUCACAAAUUCUCCAAAGAACAUGAAGCAGGAUUAGAGAGAGGAUUCCUGUUGGAAGAAGGCCUGCUCCGGGGGUUUAAAAGAGAUCCCUCGGACUUUGAGUGGAGUUUCUGGACUGGAUGGGCUAAGAAGUCUUUGCUCUGGACUCUGAUUGGACAUGGUGCAAUAUCCAGAUUGAGCAGCAUCUUUUACCCAAAGUUUAGGGUACCAGCCCUCACAAUAUACGGUGUCUUAGCAGCCAGCAUUGUGUUGGGGAUUAAAGGUGUGGGUGUGCUGCUGCUACAUCUGGGCUUGUCCUUCUCAGUGGCCCAACUGCGAAAGCCAGCUCUGUCCUGGACCUGUAACCUGCUGCUCCUCUGCACCCUGCACAUCCAACCACUUCAAGAGAUCCAGAGAGGCUGGUACGAGAUCGAAGAGGAGUACUACCUGCUACUCUUCAGUGUUGCAGUCUGUGGUCUGCGUUUCAUCAGCUUCAGCCUGGAGCAUUGCUGGUGCCCUUUCAACCGUGGUGGCGUUGUGCAGCUCUAUUGGCUGUUUUCAUACACUUUCUAUCAUCCCUUUUUCUACAAUGGACCCAUUAUCACAUACAAAGACUACAUUGAGCAGAUGCGGAGGCCUGCUGAGGAGAGUGACAGGGACAAAUCUGCUUUUAGUUACUUUGUGCUCAGAUCAGGACGGAUCAUGCUGUGGUGGUGCAUUGCAGAAUACAUGAUCCAUGUAAUGUACAUGCACUCCAUCCAGUCUAAUGAAACCUACUUAGAAAUUCUCCCUCCUUGGGCCUUGGGUAAACAUUUUAUUUUGAAUACCUCCUCUUUCUGUGUCACAGGUGGUCUGGCCCUGGCCCUCGUCCAGUUCUUCUAUGUGAAGUAUCUGGUACUGUUUGGCUUGCCGUCCAUGCUGGCCACUCUGGAUAAGCUCGUUCCCCCAAAUGUCCCUCGUUGUGUCAGCAUCAUGUACAGUUUCACAGGGAUGUGGAGGCAUUUUGAUGAGGGCCUGUAUCGAUGGCUCAUCAGAUACAUCUAUGUGCCGUUGGGAGGUUCACGGCAUGGUCUUCUAUGCAAAAUGUUGUCCACUGGCCUGGCGUUCGGAUUUGUCUGCCUAUGGCAUGGUGGCCAUGACUACUUACAAUACUGGGCCCUCAUGAAUUGGGUUGGAGUUCUGGUGGAAAAUGGACUGAAGUCUUUCUUUGCCAUAUCUUUUAUUCACUCCAUGCUUGAGCAGAAUUUCUCUGCGGCAAUGAAAAGGCGUUGCGUUGCCGUUCUGUCUGCCUUCUCCACUGCCAUGCUCAUCCUCUCUAAUCUGGUGUUCCUUGGGGGGUUACAUGUUGGCAGAAUCUUCUGGAAGCGCGUCUUCAUUCAAGGAUGGUCUACCAUUGCUCCACCUAUGCUGGCUUUCCUCUACUGCUUUGCUCAGAUUGGACUCGAGUGGACUUCUCACCCGCCAUGA